AUGGAGGAUCCCGUCACUGCUUCGCUCGGCCCCAUAGGUCGCCUCUUCCGGCGACUCCAUUCGCUGGAUGCUUCCCAACAGCCUCUGCCGGAGGGGCUCAGUGCGAACGGGGUCCGGCUUCUGAAAGAGGGCCUAGAAGGAUUGUGCGACCACCUCAAGGGUUUGCCGGAGGCAGAUCUGGACCCUGGCUUCACGCCCAAAUGGUGGGCCAAGGAGGUCCGGGAACUUGCUUACGACACGGAGGACUUCUUCGACGAGGUUAUACAGUCCGGCGGCGGCGGCGGCAGAAGUGCUCCUGUUAGUGCCAUAUUCGGAGUUACCAGUAAGCGGAAGCGGCGCCUGCCCCAGAUUGCGCAAGAUUUCUCGCAUUUAAUGGCCCGUGUGGAUGAUGCCAGAGAAAGAUGCAAAAUUUUCCAGCUUGCUCCGGAGACAGCCAUCAAAUCUGACCAUGGACAAGCCAGUACCAGCAGGUACUUCAUUGUUGUUGAUGAUUUAUGGACAGCAUCAGUAUGGGAUAUUAUUAGCCGUGCUUUUCCUUAUGGUGAUUGUUGCAGUAGAGUACUGACAACCACACAGAUUGAAGAUGUAGCACUGGCAUGUUCUGGUUAUGAGUCAGAGUACAUAUUUAACUUGCAACCUCUUAAUAAUGGUGAAUCUCGGAAAUUAUUCUUCGAUACUGUUUUUGGCUCUGAAAGUGAAACUGGUUGUCCUGAGGAGUUCGAAGUAGUUGUGGAUAGGAUUAUCAGGAAAUGUGGUGGUUUACCCUUAUCAACUCUAAAUAUAGCAAGCCUGUUGCUCCCAAGCAAACCAAACCCUGCAUUUCAGCAGUGGGAGAAGGUAGAAAGUUCUCUACCCUCCACUUUGAGGACAAAUCCUACUUCCAGUGGGAUGAAAGAUGUUAUAAUCCUUGUAUAUGAUAAGCUUCCACUUCAUUUGAAGACAUGCUUGCUCUAUGUUGGUAUGUAUCCAGAGGGCUACACGAUCAAUAAGGAUGAUUUGGAGAAGCAAUGGGUUGCUGAAAGUUUUGUCAGUGACGCCGAGCAUGGUUACUUUAACGAGCUUCUCAGAAGAGGCAUGAUCCAACCGGUAGACACUAACUAUCACGGUGAGGUGUUGUCAUGUACAGUUAACCACAUGGUACUGGAUCUUAUCAGGCACAAAUCCAUGGAGGAUAAUUUCAUCAUUACUGUGAACUAUCUUGAAUCAACUAUAGGGCUUCCUGACAAGGCUCGUCGAUCGUCCAUCCAGUUCGGAGGUGCAAAAAGUGCGAAGAUACCGGAAAGCAUCAGAAUGUCCCAAGUCCGAUCGCUUUUCUUCUGUGGAUUCUCUGGAUGUGUACCUUCCAUUCCGGAUUAUGGCCUUCUUCGAGUUCUAAUUCUUCAUAUUUGGGCUGAUCGAGACAGGAUGAGCUUUGACCUCACUGGAAUCGGUGAACUCUGUCGACUGAGAUAUAUCCAGGUUGAAUGUAAUAUCACUGUCAAUUUGCCAGACAAGAUUCAAGGGUUACGAUACUUGGAGACGCUGCAAGUAGAUGGAAGACUAUCUGCAGUUCCAUCAGAUAUUGGAAAUCUGGAGAAAUUACGGCACCUCCUCCUUCCAAGCCAGGCUAAUGUGAGGGACCUUGGCGGGCUGGUUAACCUCCAGGAUCUUCAUCUCACCUGUUCUACAGUACACCAAGUUGAUAAUCUGGAGGACAACAUGAAAUACCUGGGCACAGUUCUCGAGAAACUCAGCAACCUCAAAUCUCUAACUCUGACAUCUUUAGGCUCAUCCCCCGUAAAUACUUCGAGGAUGAGUAUUUCCUGCCAUGGCUUGAGCAGCGUGUCCCCUGCUCCAGCCCAUCUUGAGAGACUUGAGUUACUGCCGUGGAUUUGCAUCUUUCCGAGCCUCCCAAAGUGGUUGGAAACACUCAGCAAACUCUGCAGUCUAAAGGUAGCAGUUAGAGAAUUCUCGAACAGUGACAUUGAUAUCGUGAAAGGAUUGCCUGCCCUCACUGCUCUCUCGCUAUAUGUCCAGGCAGCACCUGCAGAGAGGAUUUUCUUUGGCAAGGCAGGAUUUUCAGCUCUCAAGUACUUCACGUUGAAGUGCAGUGAACCUUUGCUGAAAUUUGAGGCUGGUGCAAUGCCUAAUCUUCAGAAGCUCAAUCUAGUCUUCAGUGCCCAGGAAGUGCAGCAUGGUGCUGCACCUAUCUGCAUCGAGCACCUGGCAGGGCUUAAAGAGAUCUCCGCAAAAAUUGUGGGUGCAGGUGCUACUGGCACAGAGUCUGCCUUGGGGAUUUAUGUUAGGAAUGAUCCAAAAAACCCGAAAAUCAACGAUCAACUGGUGAACUGGAAGUUCUUUGAGGACGAAGAUAGAAUUAUGGCGCCACCAAGGCAUGCAGGACCGAUUAUAGAAGAACUAGGUGAGAUCCUGGAGGAAAACACAGAAUAUGAGUACGAAGGGGAAGAUGAAAACAGACAGCAACCUGAUAGCGGGAUUUCUACGUUACUGGAGUCGCCGCCUGCGCCACCUUGGAGACCCCCUGAUAGGCGAUAUGGCUGGAGAAUCCUCUCUGUGUGGGCCAGGGCCAGGCCCACCAUGAAAACCGGACCCCAGACCACCUUGAAAGCUGCCUAUGAAGGCAGCGACAGCCUCCCCUGGUGGCACCACCUUGCGCCAUCCAACACUGGUGAGCUCUCCGCCAGUCAUACGAGCUAA